AUGCAGUUUUUCGUCCUUCCGAAGCUGACUUCCUCAUUGCCAACCUCCAGCUUCAAUCCAUCGGAAUGGAAACUUCCUAGAACAGCUCUUUUGGCGGAUCCAAACUUCUACGAAGCCGGACCAGUAGAUGUGAUCAUCGGAGCGGAACAUUAUUUGGAUUUAUUGGCACAUGGACAGCUGAAAGUGAUGGAUGAUGGACCGACUUUGCAGAAUACUGUGUUUGGAUGGAUCGUGUCAGGCCGUGUUCCGGAUUCUUCAAUCACCAUACCUCGGUCCUUGGUCCAUGUGUGUUCUAGUGCGGAGCUUCAGGAUCAGCUAACCAAGUUCUGGGAAGUUGAAACUUGCCGUACAACCAGCACACACUCCGUUGAAGAAUCUACUUGCGAAGAGAUUUUCGCGACGACCACAGUACGCGACGAUUCCGGAAGAUUUGUUGUCACUCUUCCGAAGAAGGACUACCUCAUCGUGAAGCUUGGCGAAUCGAGGUCUACUGCAGUUCGACGAUUGUGUAGUUUGCAGCGAAGACUCUCAUUGAGUCCUGAACUUCGGACCCAGUAUUCCGAGUUCAUUCAAGAAUACCUGGACAUGGGGCACAUGGUGGAGAUUCUCGAUGAAAGGUGUGAAGGUACUACGUACUACCUGCCUCAUCACGCAGUACUGAAGCCGGAGAGUACAACCACCAAGCUGCGAGUGGUAUUUGAUGCAUCCUGCAAAACAUCAACUGGAGUCUCGUUGAACGAUGCCCUUAUGGUCGGACCCGUCGUACAGGAUGAAUUGAUCAACAUCAAUCUCCGGUUCCGCCUCCAUCGUUACGCUGUCGUUGCGGACGUAGCGAAGAUGUAUCGCAUGGUAGCAGUCUCCGGCCCAGAUCAGAAGCUCCAGAGAAUCGUGUGGACAGGCAACACAGAUCAAGACAUUCGUACUUUCCAGUUGACUACCGUAACCUACGGAACCGCGUCUGCUCCGUAUCUAGCUACCAGGUGUUUGAAGCAGCUAGCAGAAGAGGGAAAAGAAACCCACCCAACGGCCGCCGCCGUUCUGAAACAAAACUUCUACGUCGAUGAUAUGUUGUCAGGCGUAGAUGACAUAGAAGAGGGUAAGCAGUUUGUCGAAGAAAUGGUAGACUUAAUGCAGUCCGGAGGUUUCACGCUAAGAAAGUGGAAUUCCAAUUGUGGCGAGAUUUUGCGUCAGGUUCCAGAGCAUCUACGAGACGAUCGGUCUAUUCUCACCCUUGAUUCAGCAGACUCGACUGUUAAAACACUAGGUUUGCAGUGGGAACCACGAAGGGAUGUUUAUCGCUUCAGUACUCCAAAAUGGACAGAAUCUGGUGCGAUUACCAAGCGCAUUAUAUUAUCGGACAUCUCUCGACUGUUUGAUCCGUUGGGCAUAAUCGGUCCAGUCAUCGUUCAGGCUAAGCUGAUCGUCCAGGAACUUUGGGAGCGUGAAUGCAGCUGGGAUGCACCAUUAAGUGAAGACAUGACAGAGAAAUGGCUAGAGUAUCGCAGAAAUAUGAUAGGAUUGGACGGUUUCACGGUUCCACGCUGGGUCGGAGUCACAAAAUCAAUGAAAUCUGUUCAGCUACACGGCUUCUGCGAUGCCUCAAAAAAGGCGUACGGUGCAUGUAUUUACGUUAGAACCGUGACGGAGGAUGACGAAGUUGACGUACAAUUGUUCACAGCUAAGUCUCGAGUUGCUCCUCUCGAGAAUCUCAAAAAGAAGAAGAAAUGUCUCUCCACUCCUCGUCUUGAGCUUUCUUCAGCACUAUUGCUCGCGCAUCUCUACGAGAAGGUUGUCGAAAGCAUCCACCUGACCGUAGAAUCAUAUUUUUGGACUGAUUCUACGAUAGUAAAGUUUUGGCUAGCGUCUGUACCCUCCAGAUGGAAAGAGUUUGUGAGCAACCGCGUGUCAGAAAUUCAGCAUGUCACCAAGGGCGGUUUGUGGAACCAUGUUGCCGGAAUGGAGAACCCGGCCGACAUAAUUUCAAGGGGAAUGGCACCCCCACAGUUGCAGUACGAACCUCUCUGGUGGCAUGGGCCUCCUUGGCUUCUUCAAGAGCCGAUAAAUUGGCCGAUCUUUGAGCCAAGCGCUAACGAGUUACACCCGUCGAUACUGGAGGAGAAGGGAGCUGUCGUUGCAUUGUUGCCAAGCAUUAAGCCUGGUGAUAUCUUUAGCCUACGGUCGUCAUUGACAGAGCUCGUAAAGCUGGUAGCAUACGCACAACGUUUCGGCUUCAACGCAAGAGUGCACAACCGCGAACAUCGAAAGCACGGAUUACUAACGCUCACUGAACGUGAUGAUGCUCUUCAUCUGCUAGUGCGUCUAGCUCAAAAUGAAUCGUUUCCGCAAGAAUACUCCGAGCUAUUACGUGGUCGUGAUGUACAAGCAUCCUCUCGAAUUGCUGCACUGAACCCAGAAAUGGUGGAUGGCAUUAUUUGCGUUGGCGGCCGGUUACGAAACGCUAGAAUCCCUACAAGUCGGAAGCAUCCGUACAUUUUGGACCACCGCCAUCCAUUCACUAUGCUGGUCAUGACUGAGUAUCAUCAGAAGCUGUUUCAUGCUGGGCAGCAACUAUUAGUUUCUUCUGUACGAGGCAGAUACUGGCCGACGAAUGUUCGUAACCUAGCUCGGAAGGUUAUCCACAACUGCGUUCGAUGUUUCCGUGUCAAGCCGAAAGUUCACGAGCAGUUGAUGGCAGAUCUUCCUGCGGAGAGAGUUACGCCAUGCAGUCCCUUCCAACGCGUCGGCAUAGAUCUAUGUGGUCCGUUCCUAGUCACGUACCCCCAGCGGAAAGCUCGUCCGGUGAAGUGUUUCGUCGUCGUCUUUGUUUGCCUAGUCACCAAGGCAGCCCAUUUAGAAUUAGUAGCUGAUCAAUCGUCGCAAGCUUUUUUGGCAUCCCUCCGACGAUUCACAUCUCGACGGGGAAAACCGGGGAUCAUCAUGUGCGACAACGGCAGAAACUUCGUCGGAGCAAACCGGGAAUUAGCCGAAUUGCGGAAGCUUUUCAUCGAUCAACACUUCCAAGACACCGUGAUUGGAGAAGCAACGAACGAAAGUAUAGAAUUCCGUUUCAUACCAGCGCGAUCCCCAAAUUUCGGAGGAUUGUGGGAAAGUGCAGUAAAGUCGUUCAAAACGUUGCUGAAGAGAACGAUAGGAAGUAGAAGCCUGGUGUAUGACGAGUUCCAGACACUACUCACGCAAAUCGAGGCAGUUUUGAACUCUCGUCCGCUUACACCAGUCAGCAAUGAUCCCAGCGAUUAUGAAGCGUUAACGCCAGGACAUUUCCUUGUCCAACGUCCACUCACAGCAAUUCCGGAGCCAAAUCUGGAUGAUCUUCCGGAGAAUCGAUUGGCGGCAUGGCAAACUGUGCAGCAUUUCGUUCAAUACUUGUGGAGGAAAUGGUCAACGCAAUACUUAUCCAACCUUCAAAACCGUACAAAGUGGACCAAGAAGCGGAACAACGUGAGAGUCGGAACAAUGGUGGUGCUGAAGGAUGAAAAUCAACCACCACUAAAUUGGCUUUUGGGUCGGAUCACAGAAGUUCAUACCGGAGCAGACGGAAACAUUCGGGUAGUGACAGUUAGAACGAAGGAUGGCAGCUACAAACGUGCAAUUUCAAAGAUCUGCAUCCUUCCAAUCCGUGACAAUGUCGAAUCAUCAGAGGAGAACUAG